AUGCCCAAUAUUCGGACGACUGUUUUUAUAGCACUUCAAGUUACUGUUUACGUUUUCCUUUUCACAUCAUUCCUAGUAGUUCUAUCUCUGUAUAUUCACUCCACUAAAUAUUCCGACAAUUCGAGCAAUGAUCAGACCGAACUCACUGAACAAGAGUCGGUCCAGCAAGCCAAAGUGAUUGCGCCUAUGAACUUAGACGCAGACCCUUGUGAAAACUUUUAUGAGUACAGUUGCGGAAACUUCCUUAGUCAUACCCUAAUUGACCUUGAAGAGUUUCAGAAAUCACUCAAGUAUGAAUCGUUCGACGCUACGCUUAGUAUUCUACCAAGAUUAUUCAAAACUAUUCUGGAACAAGAAAACAGUUGUGAAUCUGAAAUAAAAGUAGCCCAAUUUUUCCACAGUUGCAUGGACGAGUUUGUCGAAGUUGACAAAUCAGGGGAUAAAGUUUCAAUUAAAGUUGAAAAAAUGGACACGAAAGACACUGAUAUUGUGAAAGAUUUGAUGGAAACGUUCAAAGUUCAGUUGAAUUUCAACCUGAAUGAUUCUCUUCAGAACUCUAGUAAAAAUGGUAACAAAACGCUUAGAGCUCUCAACUGGCCUAUCGAUGGGGUUUUCUGGAAUGUGUUUUUUGGAAUAUACGCACCAGGUGACGAACUGAUUGAAUUUAACCAAGAAAUCGAACGGGUUGUUUUGGGAAUACCUGACGAAGGAGUCGUUAACAAACUAUUUCCUGUAGAAUCUGCUGCGGUCUUCGAAAAGGAUGUUAAAUCAUUUAAUUACUUGAAGUUAGUUUUGAAAGAGUCCAAAAUAUUGCAGGCCGAUAAACUUGAUAAACUAUUUGACACUUUCAACAAUUCUAUGGACGAACUGAAAAAAUGCAGAGAUGAGAUUGACGCAGACAAUUAUUACGAUUCUAUUCUUGAUGACAUUUUUAAGCAGGACUACGGAAGCCUAAGUAAUUUUAGCAGCGGUAGUGUUGAUUUAGACAAAGAAAACGAAGAUUUUCUGUUGUCCAUCGAAAACCUUUUGCCUGAAUGGGUGCAGAAGGUUCUGAAAAAUGACUCCGAUUCUCUAAAAAUCACUGUGAACGCCAGUUUUCCCAAAUAUUCAAAAUGUUUGAGGGAGAACUCCAGCCUCACUAACUUUAAUAACUUUAUGCAAUUACAGUUCAUAAGUGCUUUGCAUUACUUGCUAGUACAAAGCAAUGAUACAUAUGAUGAUAGAUCGGUUGCGACGGAAAAUCAAGCUGGAAAUAAAAAUCCAGAGCAAAAAAGAGAAAUUGAAUGCCUUCAAAGCCUGAUUCCAGAUCAUUUGUAUCUUGCUCUUGUGACCUCAAAUGCUUACAUGAAAUAUUAUAUCGGAAACGAUUCGUUCUACCAAUUGGACAAAUGGCAGAAUUAUAUAAAGCAGGCGGCAUCUGAGAGGUUUGACGCUAGGAUUGAAAACGCAACUACUAGAGAAGGCUUGAAAGAUUACUUCAACAAAAUUGAAAUGCGACCCAAACCCGAUCAAAUUUCAUGCGAAUUUUCAGAUGCAUUGCUGGCAAACUUAGACGUCAAACCAACCCAGAAAAACUCAUACGCAAAAAAUCUCCUUAGUUUGCAAAAGUAUUAUCAAGACAUUUACAAAAGCAGUGGAUCCCCCAGAAUGGAAAAUUUAGUUUUGUAUGUCAAUGCGAAAUUUUACCACCGAGACCAAAAAGCACAAAUGUGGACUUUUCUGAUAGACCCUUUGUAUUCAGACAAUAACCCAGUUGCGGUUAAUUAUGGUUCCAUGGUAUAUAUCAUGGCCCAUGAAUUUUCACACGCUUUAGACGAAAGAAGUAUACAGAAGCAAUAUAUUGGCAAUUACCCUUGGGAUAAAAUAACUAAUGAAAAUUAUAACAACUUCAGACAAUGCCGAAUAAACUUGAUGGAUGAGGCCAAUCUAAACGGAGCAAACUUAGACUGCGAAAGUUACGCUGACAUUUCAGGCAUUCAGUUGGCCUAUCAGGCCAUGAAGUCGAAUGAAAACAUGGCCGAGUUGAACAGAAAUCUUCAAAACUCUCCUAUUUUGAAAGACUUUUCGGCCGAAAAACUGUUUUUCGUGGCGUUCGCUCAAAGUCACUGCGACGCAAGUGUGAAUGAAGAAAAGAACACGUUUAACCCCAUGAAACCUCAUCCUCCAGUCUGGGCCAGGGUUAAUCUGACCUUGUCUAUGCUUCCAGAGUUCAAAGAAGUGUUCCAAUGCAAAGAUGACCAGGCCAUGACCAAAGGAGAAGAUUGCAAUAUCUGGCCGUAA